CCACGCACCGUCACGAGCUUACGUGCCGGGCACUGGACGCCCCGAUUCGAAUUCUAAUUUCAAAUUUUUAUUUUUCAUGUGUCAGUGUUUUAUCUUUAUAUUGUGAUAGACGUGUAAAAAGGUUCUAUUGAUUUAGUUUCUUUAUAUUUGGACUUUAUUUUGAGUUUGGUUUUGGACAUUUUUUUUUAUUUGCCAUUUGUUUUGAUGAUGUAAAGACUGUUCGUUAUACCGCUGUAUAACGACAUCAGAAAUAUUUGGCGACAUCUAUAUAAGAUUCGCGCCGCAGAAUGCCGCAUACAGGCCAGGCAGGCGUGAACCAGCUGGGAGGCGUGUUUGUAAACGGCCGGCCCCUUCCCGAUGUGGUCCGCAAGAGGAUCGUCGAGCUCGCCAUAUUGGGAGUACGGCCAUGUGACAUCAGUAGACAGCUACUCGUGUCACAUGGCUGCGUGUCCAAGAUUCUGACAAGAUUCUACGAGACUGGCUCGAUUCGACCUGGAUCCAUCGGCGGUAGCAAGACUAAGCAAGUAGCGACACCAACGGUAGUUAAGAAAAUACUUCGCCUUAAACAAGAGAAUCCAGGGAUGUUUGCUUGGGAGAUCCGCGAGAGGCUACUCAGUGCGAGAGUGUGCGAGCCGCACUCUAUACCUUCUGUGUCGUCUGUGAACAGAAUCUUGAGAAACAGCGGGCUGGCGUGGAACGAAGAUGAGGCGCGUGGUGGACACGAACCAUUUCCGCCGCCUGAAUUACCCCCCAACAUGGUCGACUACAUGACAAUGAAAACAUCGCUACCCACACCAAUGCCUCAACAGACACCAUAUUUUGCUCACACAUCUGUCAGAUUACCACAACCUUCAGAACCACAUGCAUACGAUCGAAGACUCGCCACAUCAUGGCUCCUAGCAAACCAAGUUCAAGCUCAAGGACUUCUUAAACCUUAUCCAAUUUCUCCUUGGCAAAGAGUCAUGAUGCCUUACCCGGAUUCGAAGAAUUUUUCCCCCUAUGCAUUAAACUUGCAUAGCGAUCUUUUAAAUAGAAUAAACCCUGAAGAAGUUAAAUCAGAAAGUUCUGAACACAUAUCCGUAGAAGCGAGCGAUGACAGCACAGACCGGCCAGAUACAGACGAGCAAGAAGUAAAAAGGCCGAGUGAAAAAGAGAAGAAAAAGAAUCCUUAUUCAAUAGAGGAAUUACUGAAGAAGCCUGAUAAAAUCGUUAAUUCUCCGCCCGUAGCAUUUCAAAACUAUCUUCGACAACCUAGUGGCAGUAUGAUUGAAUAUAGCCAAGAAAAAACUUCAAGUGAUAGGAGUUCGCCAGCCAGUUACUGUUCAGUUCAAAGCGGCGUUUCGAACGAUUGUUUCGCUGAUUCUGCCAGUUCGGAAAUUAAAGCGGGAAAUUAAAACUUUAAAAAAAUCUAGUCAAAAUUUUAUUAGAAUUAAAAACAACUGCGUAUUUAUUUAUUAAGUGGGAAAAUAAACCUAUUAAACAUUUGUUGUUUUAUUGUUGAGUAAGAGUCGCCAUAUUUGAUGAUAUUGGAAUAUUGUAACAACCAGAAGUUAAAUAUUUCAAUUAAAUUUAUUUUUUAAAUAGUUAAUAAAUAUUUUAGUAUAAGUUAAUUAGAUGUAUAAAAACCAUGUAAAUCAUUUUAUCAUAAUAAAUUAAAAUCACAAUUAGUUAAAUGUAUGUAUUUAUUUAUUUCUUCUACGAAUUUAUUGCAUUGUAAAAAUAAUU